UGUAUUGUUGACUGUGAAAUGUUUCUCUUCAGGAGGAGAAAAAAAGAGGGAUCUGGGAACCCGUAGAUAUUCCAGAUGGAUACAAGGGUAUCAUAAUUGGAAAAGGUGGAGCUAAUCUCCGUGAGAUAAGCAAGCAGACAGGAGCAGAAGUAACUCGUAAACAUGGGGAAGUACAUAUCAUCAGUGGAACAGAAGAACAAAGGGAACAUGUAAAAGUAAUCAUUGCAAUGAAAGUGGCUUAUGCAAGACUUCGCCGUGUAGAAGACGAGUUUAACAACGUCAAAGUUUAUUGCUUCAUUGAUGACUGCAAUCUUCCCGAGAACUACAGACUUAAGCUGGAGAAAGUGCAAGAAGAAGAUCGCGUGGUAUUACCAGGGUCGCAGACGCAAUACAGGCUGAAACCGACCGAGGAAUUUGAACCGCAGGAUUCUGUUAUCUCAGACAGUGAGCCAAGCUAUCUGGAACAACUCUCGCGUGCAGUUUUGGAAUCGCUGGACAUGUUCAAACGUGAAAGGGAUGCAAAAAAUAUUUUGGACGCUGACAUGUGGUGUCAUUUCGGGAGAGCCAUAAUCCGAGGACCUAAUGAAGACGAAGCUGCUGAGGGAGUGUGGAAUAUCGACGACGCAACCGGAAAGUUCCGAUCAUCAGCAGAAGGAAAUUAUUGGAAAGUUGCUUUUAAUGAAGGAGUGGAUUUCUUGGAAGAUAUCUUCAGCAAAAAUUAUCUCAAAAAAAUUCCUGAGGAAUAUACCGAAUAUGCCACUAGAUAUGACUUAACAUUUCUAACUCCAGGUUACUAUCAAAUACGGUGCAAGGUGUGGGUAGCAAAGGAGGAUACCAGGAAAAAGUUGGAGGAAAUCCCAAUCCCGUCUAGUGACGUCAAAAACAUCCUGGAUGAGAUUCACUUUGAAGAUGAAUCAACCCGUUCAAGAUGUCGUGGAUGGUUAAUUCUUGCAUCAAGAAGAUAUUUACAGGCCGAUAUUUUAUUUCCCGGAUGCGAAUUUGAUUGCAGACUUACCGUUCGCGGAAAAACAGAACGUGCCGAAGCUUUUGACUAUGUACCUACAGAAGAAGUUAGACGCGUUUUGUCACAAUAUCUUUCUGGACUGACUUUGACCAAAGAUGAUGCUUUUGGACUACGUCUACCACAGAGCAAGAUACCCAAGGGAUUUCGCUUUGUUCAUAAGCGGUCCUCCAAUCGAACAGUAUACACUGCUAAGCCAGGAUUUAGCAUCAUUUUAUCAAAGGAAUGUUCAUGGCGAAGUGUCGUAGCAGAGGAAAAAUCCAGAGACUCGGUAAUAAUUUUGUAAAAGAGCAUACAUGUAUAAAUAAAAAAGCAAGAUAUUUCAAAGUUAGCAAACUUACACCGAUUCGCGAGGGCAACGCCUGGUAAUAGUUUACUAUAAACAGUUAUCUUGAUCUAUUUGCUGUAUCUUCUCUUUUGAAGGACCGCCGGCCUAGCUCAGUACAUGUAUGUAUAGAGGGCUUUUCAUUUGAAACUGUAAUACGCAUGGCUCACAUUCUCCUUUUAAAUAUAUAGACACGAAAGUCCGUAAUUGACUACAUUUCCAAACACCGUAGCCUGCGAACGCAGACGUAUUUCCGGUUCUCGCUUGU